AUGAAAGCUAUCAUUCAACGGGUCCUGUCUGCGUCUGUGACGGUGGACAAGGAGGUCAUUUCGUCGAUUGGGCGUGGGGUGCUCGUUUUCGCAGCCGUGGCGCCCGGUGACUCAGAAAAGGAGGCACAGCAGAUUGCCAACAAGGUCAUCAAGAUGAAACUUUGGGAUGAUGACAAUGGAGGAAGGUGGAAGAAGAGCGUUACGGACAUUAACGGAGAAGUGCUAUGCGUCUCGCAAUUCACUCUCCUCGCGCGCACGAAAAAGGGAACCAAGCCCGACUUCCACGGCGCUGCGGCACCGGAAGACGCACAGCGGCUAUACCACUACUUUGUCGACCAAGUGAAGGCGGGAUACGACGCGGAGAGGGUCAAGGACGGCAGAUUCCAAGCCAUGAUGGAAGUGGCAUUAGUCAAUGAUGGCCCGGUUACUCUGGAAUUGCAAGCGGGCAGUCAAAACAAUGACAAGUCGGAAUGA